AGCACCAAGAGGUCAUAGCGGUCUUCUUUAUUACUGCCUAAUUUAAAUAUUGAGUUAGGUUUGAUUUGAAAGUCGAUUUCCAUCACAAAGGAAAAACGCCAACCAUACAUUUAAGUCAUACAUACACAUUACACACAAUACAUGCAUACAUAGUGUCAGCAUGAUUCAACGCAAUUUUUAAUUUUAUAUACAGCGUAUGAAAUUGAAGACUAUCGUUAAUUGCAAAUUGUUGUUUCCGUCAAAUCGUUGAAAACUGAAUUCGAUCUUUUUAUAAAUUAUCCAUGGAAGCGCGUGGCUCACUUCAACGCUCAAUCACCCCUUCCCCACAGCAAACUUAACCAAUUAACUUCUAAUUGAAUAAUAAAUCUUUUUUUUAAAUCAGGGGAAUGUUUGAUCGCUCGGAACGAUUCCUUAGUCAUGUCUCAAGUUUGUCCGUCGUCGUCACAUCAGUUGGUUGCAGCUACGGUAGCUUUCCGUCGAGCUCGACGUAAAUUCCCCAAAAAUUAUGGUUUGUGCUGUAACGUUGAAGAAACAACAAAAUCUGAGAAAACGGAAAGCGUUAGUGAAAAUGAAGACCAAAACGAACAAGAGACUUCACAAUUUUCAUCGGGAAAAUGUUCGAAUGGAAGACCACAUCGCGUUGUCGAAGCGAAGAUACUUUGGAAUGACGAGUGCGGGGAAAACGGUUCGAUCAAGGAAAACUUCCUUCAGAAGCCAAUAAUCUGCAGUUGUUGUCGUAAACGCAAUCAGUGUAGCGCCGGAGACACGCUCGACAUCGUUCCCAGUAAAGAAUACAAUGGAAUCGCGAAGAAAACCGAGGUUUCUAAAUCGGAUCAAUUAGAAAAUUGCGAUACGAAAACAAUGAGAAGUUUUGUAAUGGAAUCGGUAAAUUUUGGUCGGGCCCGUAGUUCAUGUUCACAUCCACAAAGGCGAAGUCUGAAGGAGUCUUCGGUCAAACUAGGUUCCGUCAAUCUUCUAUAUGACAGAGAUCAGAACGAAGUGGACAAUGUCAAAAGUACUGAUUCGCCCGAGAGGCGAAAGUGUACCACGGAGAAUCGUGACUCUAACACUGAAGGAAGGGUUUACAAGUCGAUUAAUCAUAAUUCCCGAUGCACGUUCGCCAUGCAGAAAGAUAAUUCGUCCAGUAAUUCGCGUUCUUGCAAUCACUGCGUAAAGCAUUCUAAUCUUGAUUUGUUACGACCUCGCCAGGGUUGCCAUCAGAGUCGGCACCGUUGCUGUCACUCUCACCAUUGCCAUCAUUGUUGCGAGAAUGAAUGCGGUUGUUCAUCGAAGGAAACGCGUCUCAACUCGGAGACCUGCCUCUGUGCCGCAAAAAAUACCAACAAUCAUACAAGACGUUGUCGCCAGGAGCACGGCACACGUGAUACAAUUUGCAGCUGCAACUAUUGCGCGAAAGAUUCGGAGAAAAUCUCGGCUAUGCAAGAAUUAAACGACGAGGAACUAGAUGAUUCCGUGGGUACGAUCAAUCACAAGGACUCCCUGUGCAUUUUAGUCGAAAAGUACAAGGCUAAUAAGAAAUGCAAACACAAAUCAUACUUUGGCGAGGCCGAAUUGGCAAACGAGCGCGUUAAAGACGAAUGCAACAAAUCGUUCACGUCGGAGACCACUUGUCAGAUGGAUGAGAUCAACGUGACCGGAAAGCGGGGCGGAAAGUACUCGAACAACAUUAAUUGUCGCGCGUCGAUGGGGAAAGCGUGUAGACACGAGUGCAGGCAAAUCUUCAGAGAGGGUGAGCGCAACGAUUUCAAGAAUCUGAAGUCUCGUUUAAUAAAGACCGGUACAUGUUACUCCGCAAAAGGCACGCCUUGGAGACACACGUUUUAGAUUCUCAAGAAAGUAUCUGUCCCGUGCGUUUAGUUUUGUUCACACAUUAUUUGUGAUUCACACGUUUGUUAGAUAUUCAUUUUUUUUGUACAAGCUAUUAAUAAUAGGUGUACAGGUAAAUUUUUUAUUGAUUACUAUGGUUACAAUCUGGAAAGAAAUUCCAAUUUGACAAGAGGACAAAAUCUUCGCGUGAUUUCGUGUUCUAUACAGGAGAAUGCGUUGUAUGUUUUACAAAUUUUCAUUAAACAUAGAUGCCAUGUAAAGUUUUUCAACGGACUUUCAUUCUAAUUUUCAAUUUCGCGUCCUUCGCUCGAAGAGGAAUGAAGAACGAAAGAGAGGAUGGUGCGAGCAGAAAUUUAAUUCCGACGUUCGUGUACUGCUCUAGAAGCUUAUUUUUAAAAGUAUAUCACGCUAAUAAAGUUAAUAAACUUAUUUUGGAAGUAUAUUGCUUUAAUAAAGCGAAUAAAUGAGUGCAUUUAUAUCAUUCCGCGACAUCGUCUGCUGUGGCACUGGCCUCUUGGGCAUCAUUUGGUCCCUUUUCCGUUUCUUUUGUCUCCUCCCCUACCUCAUCCGCCACCUCUACCUCUUUUGUCUGCACCCCUUCCUGCUGCUUCUCCUCUUCCUGCGUUUUCUCUUCCGGCUCU